AUGCAGGACGAGAGGGGCGCGGAGGGUUGGCCCCGGGGCGUCCCGCUUUCCCUGCGCCUCCCGGAGCAGCCGGCAGUGGCGAUGGACGGCGCUGACGCGCCCCCCCGCGACGCCACCGCCGCUCCCGCCCGAACGGCCGUGACGCCGGACGGCAACUCCGCGCGGGACGAGCGACGGGGGUUUGGCGGGGAACACCUCGAGGUGCCGUCGCUGCAGCGCCUCUCCCGCAACUUUGAAUUUCUCUCCCGCGAGGUCAAGCGACUCUCAACGCGCGGAAGAUCGGCGUCCCUGCCGUCAGGUGUGGCCCCGCCCGAGCAGCUGCAGCCCCUGAAGCUGCCGGUUAUUCGCGAGUCCGCGGUGAAAAGUCCCGGUGCCACGCCGCGGGCCCGCAACCGGCCCCCGUUGACGCCCCGCAGGAGGGCGCCCGCGCGCCCCGUGGCGUCAACGGAGGAACGGCGUGUAGCCGCGUCACCCGCGGUGGCGUCGAGCGGAAACCUUUCAACGGAGAGGUGCGACGAUGACGGGCCGCGUCGGCUGUCGGCGGGGGCGCGGGUGGCAACCCCCUCAGGGCGGACGCGAGGGGGCCGCAUUCGUGUGGUCGUACGCAAGCGGCCCAUGGCACCCGACGACACGGGGACGGAUGCCGUGUCGGUGAACGCCCCGUGGGUGCACGUUUCCGUCAAGAAGCUGCGCGUUGACCUCACCGACUACGAGGAAGUGAAUGACUUUAUGUUUGACGACGCCUUUGGGGAGGACACGACGAACGCCCACUUAUUCGAGGGCUGCAGCAGAGGCCUGAUCGUCACCGCGCUCGAGGGCGGCAGCGCCUCCUGCUUUGCGUACGGCCAAACCGGCAGCGGCAAGACGCACACCAUGCUGGGGAGUGACGAGGAAAAGGGGUUGUACCUCCUCGCAGCGGCGGAGUUGUUCGCGCGACUCCCGCCGGAGCACGAGGUGCGUGCCUCGCUGUACGAAAUCUACCGCAACUCCCUCUUCGACCUGCUGAACGGUCGCCUCCCGGUCGUGCUGCGGGAGGACCACCACCACCGCAUCAACAUCUGCGGGCUGUCGUGGCACAACAUCACCUCCGCGGAGGAGCUUUGGGCGCUCGUCGGGAGGGGCACCGACCAGCGCAGCACCGGAAGCACGAGCGCGAAUGAGCGCUCUAGUCGCUCCCACGCCGUCCUGACAAUUCGCGUCCUGCAUCGCCGUGACGCGUCGUUUUGCGGGACGCUGAACUUCGUGGACCUCGCCGGCAGCGAGCGGGCCUCGGACACGGCGGCGCAAGACAGGCAGACACGCCAGGAGGGGGCGGAGAUCAACAAGUCGCUGCUGGCGCUGAAGGAGUGCAUCCGGGCGCUCGAUGAGAAGAAGAAGCAUGUGCCGUUCCGCGGCUCAAAACUGACGGAGAUACUUCGUGACAGCUUUUCUAGGAACAGCCGGACCGUGAUGAUAGCGAACAUCUCUGCCUCCUCCUGCAACUACGAGCACACGGUGAAUACGCUGCGGUACGCCUUCCGCGUCAAAGGCCUCAGCGUCGCCAGUGUUGUGCCGAGCAAGGCGCGCAAUGCGCCGCGGCCGAUGCGUCAGGCCGUCCCUGACAUCGCAGCGCUGCUGAAUCCCACCAACGGCACAGCGGAGGAGGCGCUGACGCAACGGGCAACCACGCCACUGCGGUGUAGAACGCGUCCGCGCGGGUUGGGCCCCCACGCGUCUGGGCGUCGCUGCCUCACACCAAGUGCGAACCAGCCCAACGGCCACAGCAGCAACUUGAUUGGCUUACCGCGUAAUGGAAUGCUCGACACGGAUGAGGACAACCUCCACGUGAAACUCCGUGCGUUGGCGCACGAAAAGGUGUUGAGUUUGGCCCGGCCGGCCAACUUGGGGGGGACGCUGCCGAAUAAAGGUGGCACCAGCACACCAUGCAGCGCCGACGCCUUGGAGAGCCCGAGUGCUUCGCCGAAGGAGGAGCAGCAGCAGGUUCUGGAUAUAGUCAAUCAGGUAGUGGAGAAGUUGAAACUUGAGAUGGAGUCUUCACUUAAGAAGGCCGUACAGCGGCGUAAUCGACUUAUCUGGAGGCUUCGCAGUGAAAACGCCGCACUGCGGGCAAGCAUUGCCACACUGGAGAAGAGGGCGGAAGAGUGCAAGUAUUGCAGACGACAAUUGGGAGCAUCACCGGCAGCGCCCAUCACAUUAUGA